AUGGACAUUUCACCAACUCCAAAGAGAUAUAAUUCGAGGUAUGGUCUGGAAAACGAUCGUUAUUUCAAAGAUAGUAAUUAUCAUUUCACCGAUCCAUUAUCCAAAAAGCCGUAUUCUAGAUAUGGAUAUAAAAACAAUCUUGAUAGUAUAAUCCCCCCUGAAUAUAAGCAAACAAGUCAAAAAAUGGAAGAUUUGAUAUACCAACUGAGUCAUGCACAUGCUACAAUUGAUGCCAAAAAUGUUGAAAUAGAUAAUUUGAAAAGAUCAAUUAGUAGACUAGAAUCCGAAGUAGAUCAGUUAAAAGGCCAACUUGAUAGAACCAAAUCUUCUGCUACUACACUGAGGGAAAAGUUGGAAAAAUAUAAUAAUCUAUACCAUAAGGCGCAAGAUGAAAUUAAAAAAUUGCAAGAUGAAAAUUAUGAAAAGGAACUUGAACAAAAUGACUAUAUUCAAUUAAAUAAACGGAGGAGUAAUCAUCAUUAUACAAUGGAAAGCCCUAAAGCUGAAGAACCUCUCACGGAUAAUGAAGAGAUAUUUGCUCAAUUAGGACAUAGGAUUCACGAUCUAGUUUUAACUUCAUCAUCGUCGACAAAGCCUGGAAGCCAGAUUCCAUCAAACUCCAGCGAAAAAACCGCUGUGGAUUCAGUAACAGCUUCAGAAUAUGAGUCUAUUCUAAGAGAUAAUGCUAUGUUAAAAAAAAUGGAAGAACAAGUGCACGAUUUUUUACAGUUAUUAGCGACAAAGCAAGAUAACGAUCAACGAAAGACGUCUUUACAACGUCAACUUGCAGAAAUGAAGCAACUAUUAGAUAAUGGCAGUAACAUUAAUAAUGAUACCAGUCAUUCCAACAUUAAUGCUGCAAAAAUUCCUUUAGUGCCUCCUACCAAACUCGAUAUUGAUAGUGAUGGCCAAAAGAGGUUUGCGCAAAGAAAGGCGAGUAUAUUCAAUACACCCGCAAAACCAUGA